CAGCGUCACGUGGUGCGACCUCAUCUCCUGUAAACAUCGCAUUCACCUCAGGCUGCAGCAGCUUAGGAAGCUCACUCGGCUCCGGGGGAGGCGACCUCUUAAAUAUAAAGUCGAAGGAACAUGGCUCGUUAAAGUCGGAUGUAUGAAUGAGAGCAUGAAUAUCGCUGCAUAUGUCGAGGAAAUAUACGUAGCGCCUGGUUUGUUGACCAGAAAGUAACGACUGCCCUAAUCUGGACACGCAAACACGCCAAGGUCCGAAGAAAAACAAGUAACGUAGCGUAAAUUCAGCGAGGAUUGACAAGUGAGUCGAGCUUCUUUUUUAAGGUAUUUUCGCUUCUUUAGUGCUAGUUCUCCGUACAGAAAUGGACCGAGGUGGCUGCCAGAUGAGUGGCGGGGGUGGUGGUGACAGCAGCGGGCCAGACAACAGCGGGAUGAUCAGCCUGGAAGACCUGGAGUCUUUCUCGGAAGACCAGCUGUCAGACUCGGGCAACGGCAGCCUGGAAGGGAGAGUAACCAUGCAGGAGGAGGAAGAGUCCGGCCGACUGCUGCAUUACUGGCAGGACGUCGCGAGGGGACACCAGGUGGAAGUGGCACCAGAAAUGGCAGCGCCAAUUCAACAGCUAACCACCAACAACCAAGGACACAGCAGCAGAGAACACGUCCCUUUCACUAUGCUCGGACGCAAAGAAAAGUGUGGGGAGCUGCUGUACGAGAAACGGCAGUACGAGAAGGGCCACUGGGCUUGUACAACGAUGCGUGAGGAAACUUAUGAACAGAGCAUCUGCUAUGGUUUUAUGAAGAUUAUGAGAUACAUCUGCCAGCAGAACUCCUUGGAAAGCUACCUGGGCAUGACGCUGCCCAUCGUCACAGUGGUGACCACAGAUGAGAGUCAUUCUACGAUCUCCAAUGACGUCAGGGUGGCAUAUUUUCUUCCCACUGAGCAUCAGGCCCAGCCGCCACAACCCAAUGACACCGACAUCACCAUAGAGAUCUGGCCCGCCGCUACUGUAUACUCAAGGCCCUUCACUGGUCCCACCAAUGAAGUGACCAUCAUUCAGCAGAUCAAUGCCAUGGCUGAGCAGCUAGAGCCCGCUGGCGAGUGCGUCAACGACUCCUUCAUGGUGGCCGGCUACACUAACCCUGCUCACAUCAACCGCCAGAACGAGAUCUGGUUCCUAGAGCGGCCCUGAGGGACGAGAGAAGAUUAAGCAUCAUUCUUAUCUGUGACCCUUGAGCCUCAUAAAGACUCCCUUAACACUGCCGCAGCUCAGCUACAGCCUCAGGUGAGGUGCUACCCAGUAUUUAGUCGCCACCUCUACCUGAAACGACCAUCAGCCCAGCACACUCCAGACCAGUUGGGGCCAUAAAAAAAAAACUCAGCCCUUAUUCUACCCUCGGUGAAUUUUCCAUGUUCAUUUAGAUAGAUCCGUAUUCCACCCAUAAGAGCUCAACCAAACCACUGCCAUAUCCUUCAUGGACACAACACAGAUAUAACAGUGCAGUAUAGCAUUCGCUCUUACAUUGAGGUGGCAAUUAACCUUUCCUAAGCACAGUGCCCUGUAGUUGCAAUAGUUUUAACUCUUAAGCGCUGUGUGAACACAUGCAACGGCCUGUCUUUUCACAGCGGAGGCAGGUUCCCAGAGGACAUGCAGCCUUAUCAUGCUCCCUUUCUGUUAGUUGCACAGCUGCAAUGUCUUGUCAUGUGGGCUGAAAGUCAAUGCACAACAAACACAAACAGACGUGUUUCCCUGUCAUUCUCUAGCUAGCUGAGGUGAUUUCAACUCUAUCACGGUUUAUUUGCCGUUUCCUUUAUCUCUUGACUACAUGAUUCACAACAAUGUGAUGCCAGUCACACUGAUAUGCUAUAUUGUUUUAGUAGUAAGUGCAAUAUAUAAAAAAAUAAAGUUAUUAGAGUUGCUGAGCCACUUAACCAAACCCAAUGUAUGGUUAAAUUCAGUCGCUGACAACACAACCAGAUAGACAACAACCGAGGCGUCAACUUUAAAUAAGCUCAACACAACAGGAAACACUAAUGAAAACGCACACUAUGUGUUUGUUUGAGCAUGAAUGUACAGCUAUAUGGAGGGUAACAACUAAUGACACAUUUCUAUAAACCAAACACUGAAAAACUCACUGAUUUUACAGCUGAAUGACAAUCAAAGUACUCAAUAAAUACAUCCUUCUUUCUUAAGAAAAUGAUGCAAGUAAA